AAUAUUUACUGCCGAAUCGUCCCAAUUUCGCAGCAUGGUUGAGAACUGUCGAAGAAGUUGAAAAGGCAGAAAGAUUAAUUCAUUGAACAAGAGAAGGAAAAAGAAGAAAUAAACUGAAGAGAAGAUGGAAUUGCUCAGACUGUCGAAAUUCAGGCUCCAGCUUCGAUCACUGGUAGCCGAAGUUCGAGAUGUCAGGGAAAGAGAACGCGCAACUUCGGAGCAGCUUCAUCUUCUAAUUCAGAAACAAAAAGAAGCAGAGGAGGAAUAUGGUAGGAAAUUACGGGAAUUAGAAUCAGAGUUAGCUUCGUCUUCUGAAUUGCGGCAAAAACUCGAAAGGAAGGUGACUUACCUCCAAAACGACAACGAAUUGCUGGAAAAUAAGCAGAAGGAGUUGAAGGGGACGAUCCACGGCCUGCUUCAAUCGAGAGAUAGUUUCUUAAAUGCUUACGAGGAAUCUACAUGCGAAAUGAAACGUUCUAUUGACGCCAGAGAUAGAAAAAUCGCCAUCCUGUCUGAGAAGAUAAACUCUCAUCUAUCUCUAUUUGACUCAAUAGAGAAGGAGGCAUUGACUAUCAAGCAAGUUGUGGAAAAUGUGCAUCAUCUAGUGGGUGAAAAAGAGCAACUAGUGGCUUGCUUAAAGAGCAGAAUGGAUCAUGUAUCUACGUUUGAGAUAGUAUUUGUAGAAAAGAUAUAUGAUCUAGAAAAUAAACUAAAAAGGGUUGAGGAUGAGUUCCGAAGAAGGCAUAAAACAGUUGCUGCGCUAGAAGCGCAGCUAGAAGCAGCUAAAGUCAGUAACAACUAUCAACUUCAAAUAGAAGAGCUGAAGAAAACCUUAUCGGCAAAGGAUGCAGUUAUACAGAAUUUAAUUUCUGAGAAAAUGGCUUUGCAUUCUGAAGUCAAAAGUUUAGGACUUAUCUUACAGAAGAUUCAGGAGACUGUUGCAAAUAUGAAGGAAGAGAAGGUUAUCACCUCAAUACUGAUAUAUCAAGGACAAAAUGAUGCAAUCACGACGAUCAAAGAUAACUGUGAACUAACCAAGAUUGAAGAUCUGGAUCAAAUUUUGGUAGAAAAUUCUCUAAAUAAGGCUUCAAACUCGCACAUUGAAGAAAGUGCAGAUUCAUCUCUAAGUGAGGAGUAUGGCUCUGCUGACAAGCCCUUGCAAGACAACAACAAAAUCAAACCCUUUGUGCUAAAGUUGGCCUGUUCUCCAACACAAUCAACUUGCUUCGAACCGCAUUCUGCAGUUCAAGUCCUAAGCUCUUCUAUAUAUGAUAGGAAGGACAACUGCACAGUAUCAGGGCAGCAACCGAAUUCUGAAGGCUCAACAACCCAAGCUGUAGUAUCUGAAACUCAUGGUGGGGCAGAAGUAUGACUAGUCAUAUACUUCCCUUACGCACUAUCCUCUCUAUUAACCUUCAUUAAUAGAGUCAUUGGUAUGUUUAUUUGAGCCUUCUAUUCGCAGGAUUUUAUCUUCAGAUUAUGUGGCCUCUCAAUGCAUUCAUGUGUGUGUAUUCAGUUAUGCAUUUGGACUGGCGAAUCCAUUUAUGACUUGUGACUAAAACAGAUCUAGGGCCAUUUGUUUAGGCUUCUUUGGGCUUAUAAGCCCACAUGAAAAAGGAUAUAAAGGGAUUUUCCAAUAUGUUUCUAUUUCUUCAUUAUCUAUAUGAAAAAGGAUGCCCGAGAGAAUUAAGAAAUCA